AGGAGGAGGGAGGGGAGGGGGAAGAGAGGAGGAAGGAGGAAGGAGCUGAGGAGGGAUGAGAGAAGCGGCCAGGGCCCCGGGCCGAAGCAGCGCGGGGCUGGGGGACCAAGGGGGCUGAGACACCCCAACUGCCCCCUUCCCCCUUCCCUGCCCCCCCUCCAUCCUUUCCUUCCACCCUCUCGCUUGAGGAGGGGGAUUUAUUCAAAUUUUAUUUAAAUCCCUAUCUCCCGAGGGUCGCGCGCUGGGGGGGGAGGGGGAGAGGGCGGGGGCGCGCGCGGGCUGGGGGGGCGGGGCCGGAGCAGCUUCCUUUGCCCCCCUCCGCUCGCUCCGUAGGCGUAGGACAGGGGGCCGCAGUCCAGGGGCGGGCCCAGGGGAGGGGGGCAGGUUACAGCGACCCCCCCCUCCCCGGGAACCGGCGGUGGGCGGGGCUUGAACCCCGGAAACGGUGGGGGGGCCCAGGCCUGGCCCUGGACCCCUGGGCAGUGGGGGCCGGGAAGGGGCCAGUUAAAGGGCCGGGGGCGCUGAGGAGAGGCGGGGCGGGGUGGGGGGAGGGGAGCUGGGACUCGGACCCGGGACUGAGUGGGGCCCGGGCCAGAAGCUGAGCACCCUGCGCCCGAGGAGCCCCCGUUGGCCUGGGGGGGCUGAGGGACUGAGCCCCCCAGAGCAGGACCUCCCCCUGGAAGGGCCGCGCCGCAGCCCGUGGGAGGGCCUCGCCCCCGGCGCCCCCCAGCUCCAUUCGCCGCCGUCCCGGCCUCCGCCGGAGGGAGGGGCCGAGCGCCCUCGGGGGGCCGUGGACCCCGGCGUUCUGAGCGUUCCACGCCCCGCGCCGCCCGGCCCCCCCGCCGCCGAUGGCCGCCGACCCGCCGGGAGCUGCCAAGAAGGGAGAGAUGGCUCCCGGGACACGUGUGAGCCCUCGGCGUUGCUGACGCCCCCAAUGUCGUCGAGCAGCCGGGGGCCGGGGGCCGGAGCGCGCCGACGCCGAACCCGCUGCCGCCGCUGCCGGGCCUGUGUGCGAACCGAGUGCGGGGACUGCCACUUCUGCCGAGACAUGAAGAAGUUCGGGGGGCCCGGGCGCAUGAAGCAGUCGUGCCUGCUCCGGCAGUGCACUGCCCCCGUGCUCCCACACACAGCUGUGUGCCUCUUGUGUGGGGAGGCUGGGAAGGAGGACACAGUGGAGGGAGAGGAAGAGAAAUUUGGCUGGAGCCUCAUGGAGUGUACAAUCUGCAAUGAGAUCGUCCACCCUGGCUGCCUGAAGAUGGGGAAGGCUGAGGGGGUCAUCAAUGCGGAGAUCCCCAACUGCUGGGAGUGCCCUCGCUGCACCCAGGAAGGCCGCACCAGCAAGGAUUCAGGUGAGGGGCCGGGCCGCCGCAGGGCUGACAACGGCGAGGAGGGCGCCAGCCUGGGCAGUGGCUGGAAGCUGACAGAGGAGCCACCGCUUCCACCGCCACCGCCCAGGCGCAAGGGCCCUCUGCCUGCUGGGCCCCCACCUGAGGAUGUGCCUGGGCCCCCCAAACGGAAGGAGAGGGAGGCAGGGAAUGAGCCCCCCACCCCAAGGAAAAAGGUGAAAGGAGGCCGAGAGAGGCACCUGAAGAAGGUGGGUGGAGACGCCUGCCUCCUCCGAGGAUCGGACCCAGGCGGCCCUGGCCUUCUGCCCCCCAGGGUUCUGAAUCCGAGCCAGGCUUUCUCGUCCUGCCACCCUGGGCUCCCUCCCGAGAACUGGGAGAAACCAAAGCCGGCCCUGGCCUCUGCGGAGGGCCCGGCGGUGCCGUCCCCGUCGCCCCAGAGGGAGAAGCUGGAGCGCUUCAAGCGGAUGUGUCAGCUGCUGGAGCGCGUGCCCGACACCUCCUCUUCCUCCUCGGACUCCGACUCGGACUCCGACUCCUCGGGCACGUCGCUGAGUGAGGAGGAGGCCCCCGGCGAGGCUCGGAAUGGGCGCCGGCCUGCCCGGGGCAGCUCCGGCGAGAAGGAGAACCGCGGGGGGCGGCGGGCUGUGCGCCCCGGCACUGGGGGGCCCCUGCUCAGCUGGCCCCUGGGCCCCGCCCCACCACCCCGGCCCCCACAGCUGGAGCGACAUGUGGUACGGCCCCCACCUCGAAGCCCCGAGCCCGACACACUGCCUUUGGCUGCUGGAUCCGACCAUCCCCUGCCCCGGGCCGCCUGGCUGCGCGUCUUCCAGCACCUCGGGCCCCGAGAGCUGUGCAUCUGCAUGCGAGUCUGCCGGACUUGGAGCCGCUGGUGCUACGACAAGCGUCUGUGGCCUCGAAUGGACCUGAGCCGGCGGAAGUCGCUGACCCCGCCCAUGCUCAGUGGGGUGGUUCGCCGCCAGCCCCGUGCCCUGGACCUCAGCUGGACAGGUGUCUCCAAGAAGCAGCUCAUGUGGCUUCUGAACCGACUGCAAGGCCUGCAGGAGCUGGUGCUCUCCGGCUGCUCCUGGCUCUCCGUCUCCGCCCUGGGCUCAGCCCCACUGCCGGCCCUGCGGCUCCUGGACCUCCGCUGGAUCGAGGAUGUUAAAGACUCCCAGCUCCGCGAGCUGCUGUUGCCUCCUCCAGACACCAAACCAGAAGCCCUGGAGGCCCAGCCUAAGUGUCACCACCUCCGUGCCAUGCCUGCUGGCGCCUCCCCUGCCCAAGCCACAGGUGACUUCUCUCUCCCAUUCUGGCUUCUACUGUGGCCCAAGGUUGGGGGCGCCUCCCCCUCAGGAGGGCUUGCAAAGACCAGUGCCCACCAGGUGGCCUGGCAGGGGACAGGGGACACAAGGGAGUGGCACCCAGGCAGCACAGGGAUGCCAGCUGUGACAGCUCCCCAAGGUGGUUCUGACAGCGUGGUCUCCAAGCAGAGUAAACCCUGGGGCCCCAGCCUCCACCUGCUGAAACUCCAGAGGUGGGGCCUGCAGUCUUUUUUUUUUUUUUUUAAUUCAUUUCCGAGGCAUAGAGCACGCACUCUCACAGCUACUGGUUCACUCUCCAGAUGUCUGCAGUGGCUGGGCUAGGCCGAGCCUGGAGCCAGGCACUGGGAACUCAACAAGGCCUCCUCCGUGUGUGGCAAGGACCCAGUGAUUGAGUCUCUGCUGCCUCCUACGAUACUAGCAGGAGGCCAGAGUCAGGAGCUGGAAUGGGCAGGCACUCGGAUACAGGAUGUGGGUGUCUUUUUUACGUUUUUCUCUUUAUUUGAAAGGAGAGAGACGGAUUUUUUUUACCCAAAUGUCUACAAUAGCCAGGGCAGGGCUAGGCUGAAGCCAGCAGCCUGGAACUCCAUAUGGGUCUCGCAUGUGGGUGGCAGGGGACCCAGCUACUUGAGCCAUCGCCUGCUACCUCACAGAGUAUGCGUUAGCAGGAGGCUGGAAUCGGGACUCAAAGCCCAUGCCCUGUGGUAUGGAAUGCAAUCCUAAGCAGUGACACUGCUGCAUCAAAGCCGGCCCCAACAAGCAGAAGUCUAACAGGCAGCUUACCCGUUAGGUCACGUGCCCACCCCCCACAAUGCAUUGCGACCAGCCUUCCAGAGGCCUCUGAGCUGCGCUAGUUUGAGGGCCAGUAGCGCGAGCAUGUAUGUGCUUGGUGUGCAGAGAGGAGGGGCCUGAGCUCUUCAACGCUGGAGAUGGAUGGGUGGGGGCUCAGCUCAGGGACCUUGGCCAGGCACUGUAGGGCUGGGAGAUCACAGCAGCCCCACCCCCACCCCC